AUGGGCCAAUCAACCUCCGCCGCCGGAAAUUCCACCCUUCAUCGUCGGAGAACUAAAUCGUUCCGAUUUCCAAUUGAAACCAUCGAAUCUGAUGAAUCUGAGAUUUCGCCGGAUUUCACGUCGUGUUUACCCGACGAGUGCUUGGCUUUAGUGUUUCAGUUCUUAAACUCCGGUAAUCGGAAAAGAUGUGCUCUCGUUUGUCGAAGGUGGAUGAUCAUCGAAGGACAGAAUCGUUACCGUCUCUCUCUCCACGCUCGUUCAGAUCUACUUACCUCGAUCCCUUCUCUCUUUUCCCGAUUCGAUUCCGUUACUAAGCUUUCGUUGAAAUGCGACCGUAGAUCUGUAAGCAUCGGAGACGACGCGUUAGUCGAGAUCUCUCUCCGAUGUCGGAAUCUGAAGAGGCUUAAGCUUAGAGCUUGCCGUGAGCUCACCGAUGUAGGUAUGUUUGGUUUCGCUGAGAAUUGCAAGGAUUUGAAGAUUUUCUCUUGUGGAUCUUGUGAUUUCGGUGCUAAAGGCGUCAAAGCCGUGCUCGAUCACUGUUCGAGUCUGGAGGAGUUAUCGGUGAAACGUCUCCGUGGAUUCACCGACAUAGCUCCGGAAACGAUUGGUCCAGGUGCAGCUGCUUCUUCUCUUAAGUCAAUCUGCUUGAAAGAGCUUUACAAUGGACAGUGCUUUGGUCCGGUGAUCGUCGGUGCGAAGAAUCUCAGAUCACUAAAGCUUUUCAGGUGUUCAGGUGACUGGGACAUGCUUAUUCAAGAAAUGGCUGGUAAGGAUCUUGGUAUAGUGGAGAUACAUUUGGAAAAGUUGCAAGUGAGUGAUCUAGCUCUCACUGCAAUCUCCAAUUGUUCAAGACUUGAGAUUUUGCAUAUUGUGAAGACACCUGAAUGCACAAAUCUCGGUUUAGCAGCGGUUGCAGAGAGGUGUAAGCAUUUGAGAAAGCUUCACAUUGAUGGUAACAAAUUGAAUUUGAUUGGGGACGAAGGGCUUGUAGCUGUGGCUAGGUUUUGUCCUCAGCUACAGGAAUUGGUUCUUAUCGGUGUGAAUCUGACCACGUUAAGUUUAGGAUUGUUGGCUGCGAAAUGUCAGAAUCUUGAAAGAUUGGCACUUUGGAGUUGUGAGACGUUUGGUGAUCCUGAGCUUUCUUGUAUUGCAGCGAAAUGCCCGACUUUAAGGAAACUAUGUAUCAAGAACUGUCCUAUUUCCAAUCUGGGAGUCGAAAAUCUUGCAAACGGAUUUCCCGGUUUAACCAAAGUGAAAAUCAAGAAGUGCAAAAAGGUGAUGGGCGGGUGCGCAGACUGGUUAAGAGCGGCUAGGCCUACACUUUCGGUUAACGCAGACACUGUUGAACCAGAACAUCAGGACGCAAGCAAUGAUCCUGCUGGAGACUUGCAAGAGAAUGGAAUCGAGUUCCCUCAGUUGAACAGCCAGGUAAUGGCACCAAGCAUUACAUCGAGUAGUAGUAGAAGCCGGUCAGGGUAUUUCAAAUCGCGUAGUGGACUGUUUAGCGGAAUGAGUCUAGUAGCUUGCACUUCGAGACAGCGGGAAAGCAGGUGA